CAACAGGACUAUCUUUCUUCUGGUAGCUGAGGGUCAGACCAGAGCUUUUCCUCAUCGCUUCUCAGGAGACCUGCCGACCUCUCAGUGUGAUCUCAACAUGGACGUUGCCGACAAGCUCGUAGAUAAAAUCUUCUCGUGGGUGGAGCUACAGAAGAAAGGUUCACACAAGUUGAAGAAACUGGCCACUGAGCUUGAGGAAAACAAGAAGAAUGUUAACGUCACUAAGGUUGUUGGGAGCUCAGUGUCUGUAGGUGGUGCAGCUGCACUGACAGCAGCAGGUAUAUUAACCUUCUGGACAGGAGGGUUAGCAGCACCUCUUCUAGUUGUAGGAGCAGCAGCAACAGGGGCUGGUUUGGCUACUAAUGUGGGUGCUGAUAUUGUAGAUCUUAUAGCAUCAAGUCGCACCAUGAAAGAGGCUGAAGAGAUUUCAGAGGAGAUCCAGAAUGUUGAGAAGAAACUCCAGGAACUCAUGACGACACUGUUAGAGGAACAACGGGAUGGUGAUCAUCUUCCUCCUGAUGAAUAUGUCACGGAGCGAAUCCUGAGAGCAAUGGCCAACAACAAUGGACUGCAACUACAUGAUGAUGUCAGUUUGUACAAAAUCAUCACUACGGUGACAGGUUUGUCCAGAUAUCAGCUCACUGGGGAAGACGGAGGCCUGAGCCUGAUUACACGGUUUGUUGUAACACAAGUAGUUAGACAAACAGGGAGAGCUGUGGUUUCAGUGGCCGCUUCCAUCGGAGGAAAAACAGCAGCGAAGGCAGCUGGUCGUAUUGCAGGAGGAGCAGUUGGACUUGCGUUUUCGAUUCCUGAGCUGGUGAUCAACUGUAAAAACCUGGACAACUGUGAGACAGAAGCCAGUCAGAGUCUGAGAGAGAACGCUGAAGCCAUACAGAAGGCCUCUGAAGAGCUGGAAACACAACUUAAUGAAAUUCAGAAAGUGAUUAAGAGAUUCGCCAGGGUGAAACUCUGCAUUGAAAACAAGGACAGAAGCUCCGAUCAAAGGGAAGAAUUGAUAGAAUUUGCAAUAGAAAAUUGUCGGGAUGAAGCCGUUCGACAAUGGCUGAGAGAGAAUUCAAAGUCUAAGACUUUGUUCCAUCUCGUGGACGUGUUUCAUUUAGUGAAAAAACACUUAGAUAAGAAGGAAAAAAAGAAGAAGGUUGACAUCACCUUUGUGGCUCAUGGGUCGAUCAGAGACGAUGAUAUCCCAGCCGCCUGUCUGCUGCCUCUGCCCACCAUCACAGAUGUGCUGCUUUAUUCUCCCUGGAACUGUGCCAUCACUGCUAAGGUAGCGUAUGGUAUUGCUACAGGACUCGUACAAACUCAGCACAGAGUUUUUAUCUGUGUGAAGAAACACAACUGUCAAAUUCCUCAUAAAGGACAUUUUCCCACAAAGCUGCCAAGUCGCUGGAACUCAAUGAAGAGAGCUGGAGUUCAGAAGAUUCCCAAAAUCAUGGUCAGUACUCUCAGACUACCAAAGGACGGUGCAUGGGAUUGUUUUAAAUCUCUCACAGCAACACAUGGUCAGCCAGAGCGAAGCCGCAUCGUCAUCCCGUUCAUCUUCCCGGGUCGUCCAAUAAGAAUCCCGUUCUUCGUCGUCACCUUGGCCCUGUCUCUGGUGCUCUUUUUCUACAGGUAUGAAGCCACCGUCCAUCUGGCUGCCUGUCUGAAUGAUAGAUCUGCUGAUGAGAAGUUUGACUGGGAGUUUCUGGAGACACAGUAUUCCUACACCAUCGACAGCACAGCAAUGACGUCUUCAGCAGACAUGCUUCCCAACAGACAUGCUGACCUGUACAGGGCCUUUGAAGCUGUGUUUGAUUAGACAGGUUCUGCCUCACAGUCCAAACUGCACUAAACAACAAGUUGUAAAAUCAGUCAAGUGAAAAAUGUUUCCACAUUUAUUCGGAUCCAGUUCAGUUUUAGUUUUCAGGGUGGAUUUACUGUUUAGUAACAAUUUUCUGGAGAUGAACAGUUUUGUUUCAGACAAAUAUACGUUCAGGCUUCAAGCUGAACUCAGUGUUUCCGGGUGUUUCCAGGUGUUGGGGAGUCGUCAGUGUGUGACAACUAACAUACACUGACAAUGUGGAAAACAAUGAUGUAAAUAUGUCCUUUCUGACGUUAGCGUAGCUGUAGCCCAGUGAAAGGGACUCACACUGGCGCCAGUGUUAUGCUUUCAUCUGCGAGUACGUGAGGAUCCACGAGGCUCAAUUUGACAUACAUCAUUGGAGGGUCGUCCACCGCUACCUUCAUCUCUACAAUUCAUCUUUAACAGUGCAGCAGACUAAGCAGCUCCUCUUCUUCUUGCAUGUUGCCAUUUUGAUUUGAUUCGUAGUGUGAAUGCGCGUUAUACGUAGACAACGAUCUACUUCACAUGUAUGAAGUAUUUAUACUUUGUGGAUUAUUCUUCUUCUCACACAGCAGUAAGGGCGGGAACAGGUGAUGCAAAGCAAAAAUCCUCCACAGACCAGACCGUCUCAUUUUGGUUCGGACUUCGUGGCCUCAGAAGACCAUCUCCGUGACCAUAGCUAUAGCUAAAUGAUUUUCUGCUAACAGGCUUUUGUAGGUAUCCAUGACAACCAUUGUAAUGUAUUAAACAACCAAUAAAUAUAAAAUAAAAUAUA